GCCGUCGGGGGCGUGGCUUCCGGAGGCCCGCGCCUUCGAGUCGCCGCGGCGGGGUCGGGCGCAAGCAGCGGCUGUCAGGCCCUCCUUCCAGACGGCUGCGACUGGUGCCGGGCGAGGCAGGCGGCCCCCAACUUAAGUCCCCGCGUCCCGGCCCGCCGGGCACCUGGGCCGUGCCGGGGCAUGGACGAGGAGAAGAUGGACGAGAAUGAAUGGAAAUAUCACGGCGAGGGCAACAAGAGCCUGGUGGUGGCCCACGCGCAGCGCUGUGUUGUGCUGCGUUUCCUGAAGUUUCCUCCGAACAGGAAGAAGACCUCGGAAGAGAUAUUUCGGCACCUGCAGAACAUAGUGGACUUUGGCAAAAAUGUCAUGAAGGAGUUUUUGGGAGAGAACUAUGUUCACUGUGGGGAAGUUGUUCAGCUGCCUUUAGAGUUUGUGAAACAGCUUUGUGUUAGGAUACAGUCUGAAAGACCAGAAUCUCGCUGUGACAAGGACCUAGACACUCUCAGUGGCUACGCCAUGUGCCUUCCCAACUUAACCAGACUGCAGACCUACCACUUUGCAGAGCUACGGCCCAUUCUGUGUGUGGAGAUCAAGCCCAAAUGCGGGUUUAUUCCUUUCUCGAGUGAUGUCACGCAUGAGAUGAAGCAUAAGGUGUGCCGUUACUGCAUGCACCAGCAUCUCAAGGUAGCGACUGGGAAGUGGAAGCAGAUAAGUAAAUAUUGUCCCCUGGAUCUCUACUCAGGAAACAAACAAAGGAUGCACUUUGCACUGAAGAGUUUGCUGCAGGAGACACAGAACAACUUGAAGAUAUUUAAGAAUGGUGAGCUCAUCUAUGGUUGCAGCGACGCCCGCAGCCCCGUGGCCGACUGGAGCGAGCUCGCCCACCACCUGAAGCCCUUCUUCUUCCCUUCCAACGGCCUGGCGGCCGGGCCGCACUGCACGAGGGCCGUGAUCCGGGAGCUGGUGCACGUCAUCACGAGGGUGCUGCUGAGCAGCACCGACAAGGGCCGGGCGGGUGCGCUGCGGCCCGGGCCCCAGGGCCCACGGGUCUGCGAGGCCAGCCCGUUCGGCAGGAGCCUGCGCCACCAAGGAAAAAACACCCCAGAGCGCUCGGGGUUACCGAAGGGCUGUCUUCUGUACAAAACCCUCCAGGUGCAGAUGUUGGACCUGCUGGACAUCGAAGGCCUCUACCCUCUGUACAAGCGGGUUGAGCGGUACCUGGAGGAGUUUCCUGAGGAGAGAAAAACGUUACAAAUAGAUGGGCCUUACGAUGAAGCGUUUUACCAGAAGCUGUUUGACCUCUCCACGGAGGACGACGGGACGGUGGCCUUCGCGUUGACAAAGUGUGCUCAGGACCCCGUGCGGUUGGCAAGACGCAGAAUCUUCCACCCCACGCUGCAGCUACAGGCAUCUCCGACAUGGUCGUGUCUGUCACUGCCUCGUACGCAUAUUACUGUGCUCUUCGUCUGCUUUUAAAAAUGUCGUAUUUUACAUCUUCACUCUAUAUUUUGUUAAAAAUUAUUUUAUUUUAUUUAUUUUUUAAAGAUUUAUUUAUUUACUUGAGAGGCAUAAUUGCAGAUGAGAGAGGUCUUCCAUCUGCUGGUUCAUUCCCCAAAUGGUUGCAACAGCUGGAGCUGCACCGAUCUGAAGCUAGGAGCUUCUUCCAGGGCCCAAGCACUUGGGCCAUCCCCACUGCUUUCCCAGGCCGUAAGCAGAGAGCUGCAUUGGAAGUGGAGCAGCUGGGACUUGAACUGGCACUGCAGGCAUAUGUUUAACCUAUUAUGUCAUAGCACUAGCCCCCAAAAUAUUUUACUUUAUUUGAAUGUCAGAGAGAAACAGAGUGAGAAUGUGUUCUUCAGUCCACUGGUUCACUUCUCAAAUGCGUGUAACAGCCAGGGCUGGGCCAGGAUGAGGUCAGGAACUCAAUCUUGGUCUCCACGUGGGUGAGGGGCCCAAGUACUUAUUAUUUUAGAUUUAUUUAUUUGAAAGGAAGAACCACACAGGGAGAGACAGAGAGAUCUUCCGUCUGCUGGUUCACUCCCCAAAAUGACCACAAUGGCCAGGGCUGGGCCAGCCCGAAGUCAGGAGUCCAGAACUCCCAGUUCUCCCACAUGGGUGCAGAGGUCUAAGUACCAUCUUCUACUGUUUUCCCAGACUCAUGAGUAGGGAGCUGGAUCAGAAGUGGUACAGCCAGGACUGGAACCAGCAGUAUGGGGUGUUAUUAUUGCUGGUGGCAGCCUGACCCACUGUGCCACAACACUGGCCCUGACCCCAGUACUUGAACUAUCACCUGCUGCCUCCUGGAGUGUGCAUUAUCAGGAAGCUGGAGUUGGAAGCAGAACUGGGCUUAGACCCAGGCACUCUGAUAGUGGAUAUCAAGGCUCCGGGCCUCUGGCAUGUCAGCGCCUGUGCCCGGGGCCCAUCCCUAUAUUUUAUGUUUUAUGCAUUUAAAACUUACUCUGAAAGGGGUGUGUUGGCUCUGUGAGGCUGCCAAACAUCUGAGGAGACUAGAACUGUGAAGAAAUGCAGCUUUUUAAAAAAAUUUUAUUUAAGGUAGAGAAAUUUUAUGCAUUUCAUAUACACAGAUUCUUCUCGUUCUACCAUCCCCUCCCACCCGCACUCCCACCCUUCUUCCCAUUCCCUCUCCUGUGCCCACUCUUAAUUUUUACAAAGAUCUAUUUUCAGUUUCCUUAUACUCCUAGGAUUAACCCUACAGUAAGUAAAGAGUUCAACAAGUAGUGCAAGGUGAAAAAAAAAACCACUGUUCUCAACAGUGGAGACAAGGGCUGUGGAAACCCUCGAAGGCACACGGUGCCGUCCCUUCUCCCGUGCACGGGCUUGGCCGCCUGUGCCGUGACGGGUCUGGUGAAAGACGUCUUUGGCUGAAGAUGCAGCUGGGAGAGUUUUUCAAGGAGAAGGGGGAGGAGGAGGAGCCGGGACUGAAGAUGCGCUGUAGGCGCUAUGUGAACUCUGCCGCCCCGGGCUGGGUCAGCUCAGUGAGGAGGUGGAUAGCAAAGCCGUGCGAGGCUGCCGUGGGUCCUGCAGCUUGGUGCGCCGACCAGAGACACACACCGGCUUUGCCGGUCUGUGUGUUUUUUCCUAAGAGAAAAAGCUGGACUACACUUCUGUGUCUGUGUUUUCCAAUUUUCUAGAAAUCAGCAUGAAUUAAUUUUUAAUUUUUAACCUUACGUAAAUGUAAUCUAGUCAGAUGGUUACCAUCUAACUGUUGAAAUCACUACUAUAGAUGCAUUGGAAUAUCCACAAACACACCGUAUGUUCCAUAUGCACACACGGAGACACGUACAUGGUGCAGACGCAUACACAUGUGUACCACACCACACCUGUACACAUGGAAAACCUAUGCACAUCACCACAUGUGUACACUUGGACACAUGGAUGCACGCUUGCACGUGUGAGACCUGGCAGAUGUGAGUGUGGUUGUGGCUUGUGCUGGGUGCCACGGGAUGCUACUGCUGAAGCUGGUAGACGUGGCGUGGGGUCUUGGAAUAUGAGGGCCGCCCUUCCUCUCUUGGGGGGUUUAGGUUCUCGUUGCUGAGCCUGAGGAGGGUGGUUGCGAGGCUGGGGAGCUGCUGAGAGCACUCCUAGAGCAGAGUCCUUGCCCGCUGAGCCAGCCGAACCUUGUCCUUGUGGAGGGGGCGGGAAUGUUGUCCUCAUGGCAGCACAGGGAGCUGCAGCCCACAGCGCCUCUGGCUCUCAUCAGUUGACGAGUGCUGUGGAGCCAGCGCCAGCAGACUUUCUGUGAAGGGCCAGAUAGCGAAUGGCGUAGCCUUGUGGGGCUGUCUUGUCCCUGGUGCAGCUACACAGCACUGCCACGUAGCACAGAAGUGAGCACAGCCCAGCCCAGCACAGCUUUGUUUAUGAAAACAAGUGGUGGAGGCUGGCUUUGCCUCUGGCCUGCAGUUUGCUAACCUCUGCACUCUGCCUGCUUUAUUCUGGUUUUUGCUCGGCUGGUUUUGGAAGCCUUCAGUUUCUGUCUUUUCAUAGUGCAUGUUCAGUUUGACCCUGAAUAAAUAAAAUUAACCUGUUUAACAUCCCAGCCCUUGCACAACAUAAGGACUUGGUCUUUCCGAACUUACACACGCAGCUGUUGUCUCAGACUGGUUGUCUUGUUAUUUAUUUAAAGUCCUGGUUUUAGAGUACUGUUUUUUUAAAAUUUAACGGGUGUUUAGAUUUAUCUGUUUGCUCAGUAUCAUUGCCCACCAUUCUUGCACCUCAGAUACUUCCUUUGUCUUCUUUUUCUCCGUAGCUGCUUUAUUGAGAGUGUACACAGCAACCACCUCAGCAGGAGCUCUGUACCCCGAGCUGUCAUUCCACUGUCUCCCUGUCCCUGAGACCCGAGCAGCCCCCAGCCUGUUGUUUCCGCGUGGGCUGGUCUGUUCUGGCGCUGCAUGGAGAUGGUAUCGUUCUACGUGCUGUCCUUUGUGCCCGGCGUCUUUCACUUAACGUGGUGUUGAGAAGGUGCGGCGUGAUGCAGCAUGAACCCGGAGUGCUGCUCCAAGUCCUUGUGUACAGGUUCUUAUGCAGACGUAGGUUUUCUCUGUUUCUAGGGUUCAGAGUAUUCUUUCAUACGCUUGCUGCCCAUUAUGUAUUUUUCUUUGGAGAAAUGUCUAUUCAGAUCCUUUGCCUACUGUUUUUUUAAAAAAGCUUUUUAUUUAGUUGAAAGGCAAAGUAAACAGAGAGAGGAAGAGAGAGAGAACGCUUUCAUUCUCUUAUUCAUUCCCUAAAUGCCUGCAGUAGCCAGGGAUAGGUCAGGCCAAACCACGAACCAGGGGCUCCCCCCAUCUCUCACAUGGGUGGCAGGAACCCAGGCACUUGGGCUGUCAUCUGCCUCCCAGGUGCGUUAGCAGGAAGCUGAAACCAGAAGCGUGGAGUAGCCAGGACUCAGGUCAGGCUUGACAGUGUGGGAUGUGGGCAUUCCAAGAGGCUGCUUCACCCUUUGCCUACUCCAGAACUGUGUAGUAUGUGUUCUUGUUGAGUUGCAAGCAUUCCUGAUGUGUUAUUCUAGGUGUUAGACCCUUAUAGAUACCUGACUGCAUUGCAGGUGUUUUCUCCUGUAUAGUUAUCUUUUUACUUUCUUGGUAAUACACACACACUGAAAUUUUGAAGCAACCCAUUUAAUCUUUUUAUUGUUUUUCAUCCUUUUAGUAUCAUAUCUAAGAAUUCAUUGCUAAAUCUAAGGUCAUGGUGAUUUCCCCAUUUCCUUCUGAGAGUUUUGUAGUUUUAGCUCUUACAUGUAGUUCUUUGAUCCAUCUUGAGUUAACUUUUAUAUAUGAUAUUUGGUAGACUUUGACAUCAUUUUUUUAUGUGACUAUCCAUUUGUUGAAGAGAUUGUUCUUUCUCCCAGUGAGUGGUCUUGAUAGAUUUCUUGAAAAUUGCUUGACUUGAAAAUGUAUGGGUUUAUUUAUAGACAUGUAAAUGUGAUUUAUCGAUGUAUAUGUCUCUGUUUAUACCAGUACCCUGUUUUAUUAGUGUUGCUUUUUAAUAGGUUUUGAAAUGGGGAAGUGUGAAUUCUCCAACUUUGUUUUUUUGUUUUUUGCUUGUUUGAAAGCUGGAGGGAGCGAGAGGGUGAGUGAGUGAGAUAUUCCCACCCACUGAUUCAUUCUCCAGAUGCUGGUAACAGCCAUGUCCGGGCCCAGCCCAAGCCAGGAACUCCAGCACGGUCUCCUGCGUGCAUGGCAGGGACCCGAGCACGUGCGGCAUCCGCUGCUGCCUUCCCAGGUGCAGUGGUAGGGAGCUGGGUCAGGGGCUGAGUAGCUGGGACUCAGACUGGCAUUACAGGCAGCAGUUUAAUCCACUGUGCUACGAUGCCAGCCUGUCUUUCUUCUUAUUCAAGAUAGCUUUAUCCCCUUGCAACUCCAUAUGAAUUUUAGAAUGAGCUUGCCAAGUUCUACAGAGAAGCCAGCUGGGAUUCUAAUAGAGAUUUUGAGAAACUGACAGAUUGCUCUGGGUAAUAAAACUUCUGCUCUAUUAACACGGGAUGUUUUUCCAUUUAUUUAGGUCUUUCUUUUGAUAUUAUUGUUAGUUUUCAGACCAUAAGUUUAUGUUUCCUUUGAUAGAAUUUAUUUCUAGUUUACUUUUUUAAAUUAAAAUUUCUCUUUAUUUUACAUAUUUUUUGCUUGAAAGGGUGACAUACUUCUAUUUACCCAUUUUAUUUUCUUUUUAAAGAUUUUAUUUAUUUGAGAGGUAGAGUUACAGACAGUGAGAGGGAGAGACAGAGAGAAAGGGUCUUCCAUCUGCUGGUUCAAUCCCCAAAUAGCCACAAUGGCUAGAGCUAGGCCGAUCCGAAGCCAGGAGCCAGGAGCUUCCUCCAGGUCUCUCACGUGGGUUCAGGGGCCCAAGGACUUGGGCCAUCUUCUGCUUUCCCAGGCCACAGCAGAGAGCUGGAUCAGAAGAGGAACAGUAAGGACUAGAACCGGCACCCAUUUGGGAUGCUGGUGCUGCAGAUGGAGGAUUACCCUGUGCCACAGCACCAGCCCCUACCCAUUUUCACAACCUGUGUUUUCACACUUAGGCACAACCCCUGGGCCCUCCUUGAGAUCUGUUACACUAAAGUCCUUCUGAUUCUUGUCUUCAUUCAACCACAUCCCUUCUUUCAAUCUCUACUUUUUUUUUUUUUUUAAGAUUUAUUUUAUUUAUUUGAAAGAGUUGAAGAGAGAUAGAGAGAGGUCUUCCAUCCGCUAGUUCACUUCCCAAAUGGCCAAAACGGCUGGAUCCGAAGCCAGGAGCCAGGAGUUUCUUCAGGGUCUCUUAUGUGGGUGCAGGGACACAAGCACUUGAGCCUUCCUCCACUGCUUUCCCAGACACGUUAGCAGGGAGCUGGAUCGGAAGUGGAGCAGCUGGGACUCGAAUCAGUGCCCAUACGGGAUGCCAGGGCUUUUUCUGUGUAACUCCGACUUUCAAGUAAAUUAAAAAAAAAAAAAAAGAUAAAAUUUAUUUACAAUUCUUUCAUGUAACAUAUUUUAAUGAAAUUUUUGAAGGCCCCUGUAUGCAUGAGUUUCAAAAAUUUGUGCACCAAAAUAAAUUUACUUGUACUUUGUGUGAACUUUUUGAAGUACUUCCUAACAAGACAGGGAGAAGAACCCCAAAGAGGCAGAGAGAAAAGACAGAUCACCCCCUGAGGAGAGGCACUGAGACGUGUCCCAAAGCGGUACCCACAGGCACAGCACUGGCCCCUGGUUUACUCUUCUUGAUACUGUUUUAAGUGGAAUUAUUUUCAUUCCGUUUUUGGAUUGUUUAUUGCAGGUGUUCAGAAUACCAAAUCUUUUUAUUGACCUUUAGACUUCAGCUUUGCUUAAUUUACUAGUUGCAGUAGGUCGCUAUGAAUGCCUGAGGCUCCUCUCUAUAUAAGACCCUCUGUGACUAGAGGUGGUUUCCACUUCUUCGAUCUAAUUGAUUCAAAUUGUUUUUCUUGUGUGAUUGCCCUGACUUAGAACUUCUAGAACUGAAUAGAAGUGGUAAGAGCAGACACCCCUGCUUUGUUCUUGGUGCUAUGGGGCCAGUAUCCAUUUUUUUUUUUUUUUUUUUAAAUUUAUUUGAAAGUCAGUGUUAGAGAGGUAGAGCCAGAGAGAGAUAAAAGUCUUCUAUCCACUGGUUCACUCCUCACAUGACCACAUGGCCAGAGAUGAGCUGAUCCAAAGGCAGGAGCCAGGAUCUUCUUCAGGGUGUCCCACGUGGGUGCAAGGGUCCACGGACUUAGGCCAUCUCCUCCUGCUUUCCCAGGUCAUAGCAGAGAGCUGGAUUGGAAAUAGAGCAGCUGAGACUCAAACCAGCACCCACAUGGGAUGCGGCACUGCGGGCUGGGGCUUUAACCCACUGCGCCACAGUGCCGGCCCCCUGGUAUCCAGUGUCUCAUCAACAUGUGUAAUGUUUACUUGGGGGAGAAGGGUUGUAGAUAUCCUUUGUCAAGGUGAAGAAGCCCCCUUGUCUUCCUGAUUUGUCGAGUACUUUUUUGUCAUAAGAAUGUGUUGAAUUUUCUUGAUGCCUUUUCUGUAUUAGUGGAGAGUAUCAUGUCGUUUUUGUCCUUUAUUCUGUUAGUGCAGUAUAUUACAUAAAUUCAUUUAAUCCCACUGGGUCAUUCUGCGUGAUCCUUCUUAAAAUAUUGCUAAUUCAACUAUAUAUGUGUGUGUAGAUGUUUUCCUUAUUUAAGAGGCGGAGAUGGGAGGGAGGGAGAUGGAGAGAGGGAUGGGAAAAGAGGAAGGAGACAGACGAAUAGACUGGAGAGAGAUCUCCUCCACCGAUUCAUCCCCAAUGGUAACUGCUUUUGAGGACUUUUAUAUCAGUAUGCAUAGGAGACAUUGGUGUGUAGUUUUAUUUUCUUGUGAUAUCCUUGUUUAUGAGAUUGUGUGAGUUGGGCAGUUUUUAGCUUCUACUUUGGAAGAGUUUGAAAAUAACUGAGUUUUUUUUUUUUUUUAAAGAUUUUAUUUCUUUGACAGGUAGAGUUACAGACAGUGAGAGAGAGACAGAGAGAAAGGUCUUCCUUCCGUUGGUUCACUCCCCAAAUGGCUACAACAGCCAGAGCUGAGCUGAUCCAAAUCCAGGAGCCAGGAGCUUUCUUCGGGUCUUGCAUGUGGGUGCAGGGGCCCGAGCACUUGGGCCAUCUGCCACUGCUUUCCCAGGCCAUAGCAGAGAGCUGGAUCGGAAGAGGAGCAGCUGGGACUCAAACCGGCACCCAUGAGGGAUGCUGGCGCUUCAGGUGGAGAAUUAAUCCACUGCGCCACAGCGCUAGUCCCAUAUUUCUUUAAAUAUUUGAUAGAGCUCAGUAGUAAAGCCAUCUUGGUUUUGCUUUAUGUGUAAUUUUUUUUUUUAUCUUAAAUAGGUCUAUACAUAUUCUUAGUCAGUUUUGGUAGUUAGUCUUAGAAAAUGAGUUAUUUUGGGGCAGGAGCAGUGGCGUAGCGGGUAAAUCCGCUGCCUUCAGUGCCAGCAUCCCAAAUGACCUGGUUCGAGUCCCACCUUCUCCACUUCCGAUCCAGCUUUCUGCUAUGGCCUGGGAAAGCAGAAGAUGGUCUAAGUCCUUGUGCCCUUGCACCUGCGUGGGAGACCCAGAGGAAGCUCCUGGCUUCAGAUGGGCCCAGUUUCAUCUGCUGUGGCCAUUUGGGGAGUGAACCAGUGGAUGGAAGACCUCUCUCUCUGCUUCUCUGUAACUCUGCCUUCCAAAUAAAUAAAUCUUUAAAAGAAAAUACUUUAGUGAGGUUUUUUAUUAAGUCCUUUCUGCAUCAGGAUAUGCUUAAAUUUUUUUUUAUUUGACAAAGUUAGACAGUGAGAGAGAGAGUGAGACAAAGAGAAAGGCCUUCCUUCCGUUGUUUCACGGAAUGAAUGGCUGCUAGGGCCGGCGCGCUGCGCUGAUCCGAAGCCAGGAGCCAGGUGCUUCUCCUGGUCUCCCAUGCGGGUGCAAGGCCCAAGCACUUGGGCCAUCCUCCUCUGCACUCCCGGGCCACAGCAGAGAGCUGGACUGCAAGAGGAGCAACCGGGACUAGAACUGGCGCCCAUGUGGGAUGCUGGUGCCGCAGGUGGAGGAUUAAACAAGUGAGCCAUGGUGCCGACCCCAGGAUAUGCUUAAAUUGAAUUUGUAAGGCAUCAUCUGCCUGUGGGUACCGCUGUGGGACACGUCUCAUUGCCUCUCCUCAGGGAGUGAUCUGUCUCUUCUCUCUGCCUCUUUGGGGUUCUUCUCCCUGUCUUGUUAGGAAGUACUUCAAAAAGUUCACACAAAGUACAAGUAAAUUUAUUUUGGUGCACAAAUUUUUGAAACUCAUGCAUACCAGGGCCUUCAAAAAUUUCAUUAAAAUAUGUUAUAUGAAAGAAUUUUAAAUUUUAUCUUCAAAAAAAAAAUUGAUUUAUUUACUUGAAAGUUGGAGUUACACAGAGAGAGAGGUCUUCCUCCACUGGUUCACUCCCCAAUUGGCUGCAAUGGCCGGAGCUGUGCCGAUCCAAAGCCAGGAGCCAGGAGCUUCUUCUUGGUCUCUCACAUGGGUGCAGAGGCCCAAGGACUUGGGCCAUCUUCUACUGCGUUCCCAGGCCAUAGCAGAGAGCUGGAUCAGAAGAGGAGCAGCUGGGACUCGAACUGGCACCCAUAUGGGAUGCUGACACUGCAGGCGGUGGCUUUACCUGCUACGCCACAGUGCCAGCCCCCUGAAUUUUAACUUUUUUGCACUGAAACUUCUUUUAAUUAAAUUCUUCCAUGAACCUUUCUGUUUUGCCUUUUCUAUCAUUGUGUGUGCAUUUUUAAAGAUUUAUUUAUUUAUUUAUUUGAAAGGCAGAGUUACAGAGAGGCAGAGAGAGAGAGAGAGUGAGAGGUCUUCUAUCCGCUGGUUCACUUCCCAAAUGGCAGCAAUGGCCGGAGCUGCCCCAAUCCAAAGCCAAAAGCUUCUUCCGGGUCUCCCACAGGGUGCAGGGGCCCAAGCACUUGGGCCCACUUCGACUGCUUUCCCAGGCCACAGCAGAGAGCCGGAUUGGAAGUGGAACAGCCGGGACUCAAACUGGUGCCCAUUUGGGAUGCCAGCACUUCUGGUGGGGGCUUCACCCGCUAUGCCACAGUGCUGACCCCCAAUAAAUAGUCUUUUUUUUAAAAAAAAUCAUUUAAAUUUAUUUGAAGGAGUUAGAGAGAAUAUCUCUUUUAUCCAUUGGUUCACUCCUGAAAUGGCCACAACAGCCAAGGCUGGACUAGGCAAUAGCCAGGAGCCUGGAACUCCACCCAGGUCUCCCAAGUGGGUGCAGGGGCCCAAACACUUGAGCCACAUUCUGCUGCUUUCCCAGGCACAUUAGCAGGGAGCUGGAUCAGAAGUGGAGCAGCUGGGACUUGAACCAGAACUCGUGGGAUGCUGGCAGCUUAACCAGCUGCACCAUAAUGCUGGCUUCUCUCAUUUUUAACUUUCUAUGUCUUUAUACUUAAAUUGGGGCCUGCAGUUGGAUUUGGUCUUUUAUCCAUUCAGUCAUUUUGCCUUUGUUGUUUUAUUAGACUUUACUUGGGUUUAAACUUUGAAAUUUUCCUCACCUGUUUUAGGCUUCUAAUUCUAUACUUUUUUUUCCUCCUAUACUCUCAAAGUCUUUUUUGUCAUUUUUUAUCAUUCUGUGUCUCCCAUGGUGUCAGCUUGGAAGUCACAGAGCCUCAGACUUUUUGUUGGUUAUCCUAGCUAAUGAUUAUUGCUGCCCUAAUAAGCAGGUGCCUUUUUAGACUGCGGUACUAUUUUUAGAUCCUGGUACUAUUCCUAUUUGACAAUUUGAAGUUCUUACAGUACAUUAACUACUACCCCUGACUUAAUUGCUUCUAUUGCUGUAUAUUCCAUUAUUAAUUUUUGUUUUGUUUUUGUUUGUGUUUUUGGGACGCAAAUAGCUGCCAUCUGCCCAAAUGCCCAAAACAGCUGGGCCUGGGCUGAAGGUGGAAGCUGGGAGCACAGUUAGCCUCUGGUACAGGGUCUGGGUGUCCACCACUGGAUAACUGCUCAUCCCAGGUUCUGUUAUGCCGUGAUUAUCAUUAUUGCAUAUGGUCCUUACUCGUUCACCUGUAUACUUACCUCCCGCGUUGCCCUUCAUACUGCCCUGUAUCUCUCAGCUUACGUAUGUGAUGGCUUUGCUUUUGUCUGAGGAAUACGUUUAAUCUUUGCUUUAGUGUGGGUCUGCUGGUGACAUGGUCUUAGUUUCUGGUGAUGAUGUAUAUAAAUAAUUUGCUUGGAGGCUUUCUUGAAUCUUUGGCUUGAUGUCUGUCUUCAGUUGAGGGAAGCUUUUGGCCUUGACACUUUCAAGUUUUGUUUCUGUCCAUUUCCUCUCUUCUUCUGGACUCCAGUUCCAUGUGUGUUUGACCCAUUGCCUGUACUUCUGUGUCUCGUAUCCUUUCCUCUGUCCUGUUCUUGUUCUUUCUCUCUCUCUCUCUUUUUUUUCCUCUCUUUUCUACUUGCUUUCCUUUCCAUGUUUCAUUCUGGAUAUUUUCUUUCGAUCCACCAGGCUGGCAGUUCUCUUCAGCCUUUUUCUUUCUUUCCCCCGUGCUCUCUGCCUUGUUCCCUGCCCCCUGUCUUCAUGGCUGGUGAGAGUGAGACAGCUAGUGGACUGGGCAGCAUUGUGCACCUUCAGCCAUCUUUGCGUUUUAACUCAGGAGAAUGACUGAUGUGGGAUGACGGUUAUCUCGGAAGACAGUGGGAGAGACUUCACAUCUCCAGACCAGUCUUCAGCUGCCUCCUCAGCCUACACCGAAGGCUGGCCUAGCCAGUUCCUGCCUUUGGAGGCUACAUCCAAGGGAACUGUCUUCCCUUUCUCCAGCUGUGAUAGCCCAGGAGGAAGCACAGUUCAGAGAAUGCUAGUUGCUCUUCUGUCACUCACUGCUGUAUUUCUUUUUUUCUUUCCUAAAGUAUAUUUAUUUAUUUGAAAGGCAGAGUUACAGAGAGAGAGGGAGAUAGAGAGAUCUUACAACUCAUGAUUCACUCCCCAAAUGGCCAUAAUGGCUGGAGCUGGGCUGAUCCAAAGCCAGGUGCCAAGAGCUUCUUUCGGGUCUCCCAUGUGGGCACAGGGCCCAAAGCACUUGGGCCAUUUUCCGUUGCCCAUGUGGGAUGCUGGCACUGCUGGUGUUUCUACCCACUAUGGCACAAUGCCAGCCCCAUUGUUGCUAUAUUUCUUUUUUUUUUUUUUUUUUUUUUUUUUUUUUUAGACAGGCAGAGUGAGACAGAGAGAAAGGUUUUCCUUCUGUUGGUUCCCCCCUAAAUGGCCACCACGGCCAGUGCGCUGUGCCGAUCCGAAGCCAAGAGCCAGGUGCUUUUCCUGGUCUCCCAUGUGGGUGCAGGGCCCAAGCACUGGGGCCAUCCUCCACUGCCUUCCUGGGCCACAGCAGAGAGCUGGACUGGAAGAGGAGCAACCGGGACAGAACCAGUGCCCCAACUGGGACUAGAACCUGGGGUACUGGCGCCGUAGGCAGAGGAUUAGCCUAGAGAGCCAUGGCGUCAGCCUGUUGAUAUAUUUCUUAAAAUUAUCACCAUCAGCACACCACAGGCCGGGAGUGCGUGCGCGCCCUCGCUUCUUCCUUUUUCUCGACUCCAUCUUUGUGCUAGUGGCAAGUAGGGGCUGCAGUUCAGCCGCCAACAUGCAGCUGUUUGUUUGUGCGCAGGAGCGCCACACCCUCGAGGUGACCGGCCGGGAGACGGUCACCCAGAUCAAGGCUCACGUAGCCUCGCUGGAGGGCAUCGCCCCCGAGGACCAAGUGGUGCUCCUAGCGGGGACGCCCCGGAGGAUGAGGCCACCCUGGGCCAGUGCGGUGUGGAGGCCCUGAGCACCCUGGAAGUGGCCGGGCGCAUGCUCGGAGGUAAAGUCCACGGCUCCCUGGCCCGCGCCGGCAAAGUGAGAGGUCAGACUCCCAAGGUGGCCAAGCAGGAGAAGACGACGA